AUGGAGCGCCUGGCGAAGGUAGGGGAAGGCUUGGGAGGGAGGUUGUUUUGGCCCUUAGGGAAUUACUUGUUUUGUUCAAACAAUGGCACGAUUUGUUUGGACAACGCUGUAUCUGUCAACAAGAUGAUGCAUUUGAUGCUAAGGACAAGCUCUCCAAGUUGUGUCAUUGAGGAGCACCUUAAGUAUGGAUGGUAUGUUGAGAGACUUACUCGUCAAUCUUUAAUCAAAAGCUUCAUGGAAGGAGGUCUCUCUGAAUCAAGCUAUGAAGCAAGUCUUUUGAUGACUUUGAACUCCUUGGGGACAUCUCAACAGGCAUUCAGUGCACUAGCAAAAGAUUGCUUGACAAUGGCGAGGCAAAUGGGACGCCACCCAAACCUAAACGCCGCCAAUUUAGCUAUUAAGCUAUCCAAAAUCACUCCUUAUGGGACAGAGAUGGAGUGUUAUAAAACUUAUUGCGACAAGUUCGACAAGCAAAGAGGAUACUAUGAUUCUUUCAAGCAGAGGGGGGCCUCAAAGAGAGAGUUCCACGUAAACAUGAAUCGGUUCAAGCUUGCGGCCUUUUGGGACGAGGUCAUACGCAUGUUGGACAAGAAAGAGCUCCCACACGAUUUUCACAGAAGCUCAAAAUGGGUCAAAUCGUCACAGUUCUAUAAGCUUCUUGUGGAGCCAUUGGACAUCGCGGAGUAUUAUCGGUUGGGGAUGCACCUUAGAAAAGGCCACUACAUAAGCAAUGGAAGAGAGAGGAGAUACAAAAUUUUCGAUCAAUGGUGGACCAAGAGAGUUGUUACCGAGAAACUGGGCAAUGCGAGAACCAGGUAUGCAAGCUUGACCCAAGACCCUUGCUUUUGGGCAAGGGUGGAGGAAGCAAAGGAGUGGCUGGACAAAAUCAAGAGGGAGAGCGACCCAAACAACCUGGCUUUUUUUCGAGAUAGACUAGAUGAGUUUGAAAGAUAUGCAAUGAAGCUAGUUGACAAUAAAGAGGUGUCUGCUGAUGUAGUGGCUAAGAAUUCGAGCUUCAGUCUAUGGUUAAAAGAAUGGAAAGCGACAAAAUCACAGAUUUCUCCCUUUAAUAGCAUCAACUGA